AACUGCAUUACAAGCUCAGCUUCGGCGUCUGUCCAUUGCCUACCUCCUCCACUACGCGGCUCCCACCUUCCUACAUUUUCGUCUUCAGAGUUAAGACCACUUCACUCUCACUCCAUCUCCCUCUCUCUCUCUCUGCAAAAUCCUGCCAUGGCAGUCGUCACGAUCCACGACCACGAGCUCGACUCGGACAUCCACAACCUGUACGACGUCGUCAUCUACAGCAAGCAAGUGAAGACUCUCCUUACCACCUGCCCCUCCAUGGUCUCGUCCUGGAUCUCCGAUGUGGAAAAAAUCCACCGCCGCCGCCUCUCCCGCCUCAUCGUCGGCCUCGACGUGGAAUGGCGCCCCUCCUUCAGCCGCUACCAGAACCCCGUCGCCACUCUCCAGAUCUGCGUCGGCCACCGCUGCCUCAUCUUCCAGCUCAUCCACGCUGACUCCAUCCCUGCCUCGCUCUCCGACUUCCUCGCCAACGCCAACUACAGCUUCGUCGGCGUCGGGAUCGGCGCCGACAUCGAGAAGCUCGCCGAGGACCACGGCCUCACCGUCAGGAACGCCGUGGAUCUCGGCGACUUGGCGGCGCGUGAGUACGACGACCCGGGGAUGAAGAAUCGGGGGCUGAAGGACUUGGCGAGGAUCGUCCGUGGAAUGGAGAUAGAGAAGCCGAAGAGGAUCACGAUGGGGCGGUGGGACAAUCGCUGGCUCACUUGUGAACAGGUUCAGUACGCUUGCGUUGACGCUUUUGUUUCCUUUGAGAUCGGUAAAAAGCUCAUUACUGGGGCUUAAUUAAUUAAAAUAAUUAAUUACCCAAUUAGCUUAUGCGUUUAUAUGUGUACUGUGGAGUAUAUUAAUCUUCUGGGUUGCAGAUUUUAAUGGACGCUUGGGAAACAUUAUACGUUUGUAUUAUAGCCGUGUUUUAAUUUAGCCUUCCAGUUUGUUUAUAAAUUCUAAUGAUAAUUUUACUGUCUUUUUUUUUUUGGU